AUGAAAAAGAUCAAUGCCUUCCACAACGGAUGUCUCCGUAAGAUAUGUCGAAUCCUUUGGCCAAACAAGAUCUCCAAUGAGGACCUUUAUAACGAGACAAACUGCCACAACGUGGUGCUGGAAAUAAAACAUCGCCGGCUCAGACGGCUCGGACAUGUCCUCCGAAUGGACCAGGACCGCAUCCCCAAAGUAGCCUUGAGAUGGACUCUACCUGGAAAGAGGAAGCAAAGGGAGGCAAGGACAAGGACAACAUGGCGGAGAACUGUGACCUCAAAACUGAAGAUGGCAAAUCUAACAUGGGGCGAGGCACAACAUGCUGCACAGGAUCCGACCAGAUGGAAGCAGCUGUUCCACAGGGAAUGA